AUGGAUGCAUACGAGGAAACGAAUUACAUCGAUGGUGGUCAAGCACCUAGAUAUGACGAAGACCAACCUGGUCUUGAAGGAUCGACACAUAUACCUUCUCAUCUAAGUAACCAUGAUGAGCUAGAGGAAUCGCUACUGCACCACCACCACCAUCUUGAACACGACAACGAUAACGACGACAACCAAGUAGAUCCGGAAGGAGAGCAAGAAGAGCAAGAAGAAGUAGAGUAUGAUGAAGACGAGAUAAUACCUUCACACCAAACAAUAGUUGACGAAUCGGAACUUCUUGCAGCUCAAGCGGCAGCUGAAGCCGCAGCCGCUGCUCAACAACAAGAACCCGGUGAUGUUUUCAACAAUGUAGCGCAAGGAUUAGACGGUCCUCAUCGUGAUAUGAUGAUGCAAUAUUGGCAAGAGACCAUCAACUCUAUUGAACAUGACGAACACGAUUUCAAGAAUCAUCAAUUACCAUUGGCGAGAAUCAAAAAAGUGAUGAAAACCGAUGAAGAUGUACGCAUGAUUAGUGCUGAAGCACCAAUCUUAUUUGCUAAAGGGUGUGAUAUAUUCAUUACGGAGUUGACUAUGAGGGCAUGGAUCCAUGCUGAAGAAAACAAGAGACGUACGUUGCAAAAGUCAGAUAUUGCUGCUGCUUUGACCAAGAGUGAUAUGUUUGAUUUCUUGAUUGAUGUAGUGCCGAGAGAAGAGGAGAAAUCGUCAAAAUAG